CUCUUCUGCAGCAGCUGCUGCUCACUCUGCUCUCUAGCCAGGCCAGAGGACCGGGCGCCUCAGGAGAAGUGGAUCGGCUCCCGGCUCCUCCACCAUGUCAGGAGCCGCCGGAGUCCUGCUUCUGCUACUCCUCACGGGGGGCUACGAGGGAGGCCGGGCACAAGGGACACCACAGCGGCGGCAAGCGCAGGCGCACCCGCAAAGAGGUUUAUUCCCUGCUGUUCUGAAUCUUGCUUCCAAUGCUCUUAUAACCACCAACGCAACCUGUGGAGAAAGAGGACCCGAGAUGUACUGCAAGUUGGUAGAACAUGUUCCUGGGCAGCCAGUGAGGAACCCGCAGUGUCGAAUUUGCAAUCAAAACAGCAGCAAUCCAAACCAGAGACACCCAAUUACAAAUGCUAUUGAUGGCAAGAACACUUGGUGGCAGAGUCCCAGCAUUAAGAAUGGAAUCGAAUACCAUUAUGUGACAAUUACAUUGGAUUUACAGCAGGUAUUUCAGAUUGCAUAUGUGAUUGUAAAAGCAGCCAACUCCCCUCGGCCUGGAAACUGGAUUUUGGAACGCUCACUGGAUGACGUGGAGUACAAGCCUUGGCAGUAUCAUGCUGUGACUGACACAGAGUGUCUGACACUCUACAACAUUUAUCCCCGCACUGGACCCCCGUCCUAUGCCCAAGACGAUGAGGUCAUCUGUACUUCAUUUUAUUCCAAGAUACACCCUUUAGAAAAUGGAGAGAUUCACAUUUCUUUGAUCAAUGGGAGACCAAGUGCUGAUGAUCCUUCCCCAGAACUUCUGGAAUUCACCUCUGCUCGCUACAUUCGCCUGAGAUUUCAGAGGAUCCGCACCUUGAAUGCAGACCUGAUGAUGUUUGCUCACAAAGACCCCAGAGAAAUUGACCCCAUUGUCACAAGAAGGUAUUACUACUCAGUCAAGGAUAUUUCUGUUGGAGGCAUGUGCAUCUGCUACGGUCAUGCCCGAGCCUGUCCGCUUGAUCCAGCAACAAAUAAAUCUCGCUGUGAAUGUGAGCAUAACACGUGUGGUGACAGCUGUGACCAGUGCUGCCCAGGAUUCCACCAGAAACCCUGGAGAGCUGGCACUUUCCUGACAAAGACUGAAUGUGAAGCAUGCAAUUGUCAUGGAAAAGCUGAAGAAUGCUACUAUGAUGAGAAUGUUUCAAGAAGAAACCUGAGUUUAAACAUUCAUGGGAAGUACAUUGGAGGGGGUGUGUGCAUUAACUGCACACAGAACACAGCGGGUAUCAAUUGUGAGACUUGCCUGGAUGGCUUCUUCAGACCUAAAGGGGUAUCACCAAAUUAUCCAAGGCCAUGCCAGCCAUGUCACUGUGAUCCAACUGGUUCCUUAAGUGAUGUGUGUGUCAAGGAUGAGAAACACGCCCGGCGAGGUCUAGCUCCUGGCUCCUGUCACUGCAAAACUGGCUUUGGAGGAGUGAGCUGCGAUCGAUGCGCCAGAGGCUACACUGGCUACCCCGAAUGCAAGCCAUGCGACUGCAGUGGCUUAGGGAGCACAAAUGAGGACCCUUGUUUGGGGCCAUGUAGCUGCAAGGAGAACGUUGAGGGAGAAGACUGCAGUCAUUGCAAAUCCGGCUUCUUCAAUUUGCAACAGGAUAAUCAGAAAGGCUGUGAUGAAUGCUUCUGUUCAGGGGUUUCAAACAGAUGUCAGAGCUCCUACUGGACCUAUGGCAAUGUGCAAGACAUGCGUGGUUGGUAUCUGACUGACAUUUCUGGCCACAUGCGAGUGGCUCCCCACCAGGAUGACACAGACCUACCUCAGCAGAUUAGCAUAAGUAACAUGGAGGCCAGGCAGGCCCUGCCCAGUGACUACUAUUGGAGUGCUCCUGCUGUGUAUCUUGGAAACAAAAUCCUAGCAGUGGGAGGACAGUUGACCUUUACCAUUUCAUAUGACCUUGAAGAAGAGGAAGAAGAAACAGAAAAUGCUCUCCAACUGGUUGUUAUCUUAGAGGGAAAUGACUUGAGAAUCAGCACAGCCCAAGAGAAAGUAUAUUUGCAACCAUCUGAAGAACACAUUAACGAAAUAACACUUAAGGAAGACACAUUUAUCAUACACGGCACAAAUUUUCCCGUCACUAGAAGAGAUUUUAUGACAGUGCUUACAAAUCUGAAAAGAGUCCUCAUACAAAUCACAUGCAGCUUUGGGAUGGAUGCCAUCUUCAGGUUGAGCUCAGUGAACCUUGAGUCUGCUGUCCUUUAUCCUACGGAUGGGGGUGUGGCAACUUCUGUGGAAGUUUGCCAGUGUCCACCAGGGUACAGUGGCUCCUCUUGCGAAUCUUGUUGGCCCACGCACAGAAGAGUGAACGGCACUAUUUUUGAUGGCCUCUGUGAACCAUGUCAGUGCCAUGGCCAUGCGGAAUCCUGUGAUGACGUCACUGGAGAAUGCCUGAACUGCAAGGAUCACACCGGUGGCCCUUAUUGCAAUCAGUGUCUUCCUGGUUUUUAUGGUGAUCCUACACGAGGAACCUCUGAGGACUGUCAGCUCUGUGCCUGUCCACUGAUUAUUUCAUCCAAUAACUUUAGCCCGACAUGCCAUUUGGACCGGAAUCUUGGAUUGAUGUGUGAUCAAUGCCCUGUGGGGUACACAGGGUCACGCUGUGAGAGGUGUGCGGAAGGCUAUUUUGGACAACCUUCUGUACCAGGAGGAUCAUGUCAGCCAUGCCAAUGCAAUGACAACCUUGACUUCUCCGUCCCUGGCAGCUGUGACAGCUUGUCUGGCUCCUGUCUGAUAUGUAAGCCAGGUACAACAGGCCGGUACUGUGAGCUCUGUGCUGAUGGAUAUUUUGGAGACGCAGUUGAUGCAAGGAACUGUCAGCCCUGUCAUUGUAGUGUCAAUGGCUCCUUCUCAGAGAUUUGCCACAGGCAAACUGGACAGUGUGAAUGCAAACCCAACGUGCAAGGGAGGCGCUGCGAUGAAUGUAAGCCUCAAACCUUUGGCCUACAAUCUACACGAGGGUGUGUUCCAUGCAAUUGCAAUUCCUUUGGGUCAAAAUCAUUUGACUGUGAAGAGAAUGGACAAUGCUGGUGCCAGCCUGGGGUCACAGGAAAGAAAUGUGACCGCUGUGCCCAUGGCUAUUUCAACUUCCAGGAAGGAGGCUGCAGAGCUUGUGACUGUUCCCAUCUGGGUAACAACUGUGACCCAAAGACUGGUCAAUGCAUUUGCCCUCCCAACACCAUUGGAGACAGAUGUUCCAGCUGUGUGCCCAAUACCUGGGGCCACAGCAUUGUCACUGGUUGUAAGGCUUGUAACUGCAGCACAGUGGGAUCCUUAGAUUUCCAAUGCAAUGUAAAUACAGGCCAGUGCAACUGUCAUCCAAAAUUCUCUGGUGCAAAAUGUACAGAGUGCAAUCGAGGGCACUGGAACUACCCUCACUGCAGUCUCUGUGACUGCUUCCUGCCGGGGACAGAUGCCACAACCUGUGAUUCAGAGACUAAAAAAUGUUUCUGUAGUGAUCAAACUGGGCAGUGUACUUGUAAGGUGAAUGUAGAAGGUGUCCACUGUGAUAGGUGCCGACCUGGAAAAUAUGGACUUGAUGCCAAGGACCCACUUGGCUGCAGAAGCUGCUAUUGCUUCGGUGUUACCACCCAGUGCUCAGAAGCCAAAGGGAUGAUCCGCACAUUGGUGAUGCUGGAGGCUGAGCAGAUCAUCCUGCCUCUGGUGGAUGAAGCCCUCCAGCAUACAACGACCAAAGGCAUCACUUUUCUACAACCAGAGAUCGUGGCAGACAUGGAUAGGGUGCGGGAAGAUCUCCAUCUGGAACCUUUCUAUUGGAAACUCCCUGAACAAUUUGAAGGAAAGAAGUUGAUGGCCUAUGGGGGCAAACUCAAGUACACGAUCUAUUUUGAAGCUCGGGAUGAGAUAGGUCCAUCUACGUAUAAACCUCAAGUUAUCAUUCGAGGCGGGACUCCGACUCAUGCUAGAAUUAUCAUCAGGCACAUGGCUGCCCCUCUCAUUGGCCAACUGACAAGACAUGAAAUUGAAAUGACAGAGAGAGAAUGGAAAUACUAUGGUGACGACCCUCGAAUCAGUAGGACUGUCACCCGGGAAGACUUCUUGGAUGUACUAUAUGAUAUUCAUUAUAUUCUUAUCAAAGCUACUUAUGGAAAUGUCGUGCGACAAAGCAGGAUUUCUGAAAUCUCCAUGGAAGUGGCUGAACCAGGACAAAUCACAGCAGUGACUCCUCCAGCUCAACUGAUAGAAAAAUGUGAUUGUCCUCCAGGCUACUCUGGCUUGUCCUGUGAGACAUGCUCGCCCGGAUUUUAUCGACUGCGUUCUGAACCAGGUAGACUCACUCCUGGACCAAUUCUUGGUACCUGUGUUCCAUGUCAGUGUCAUGGACAUAGCAGCCUAUGUGACCCUGAAACAUCCAUCUGCCAGAAUUGUCAACAUCACACGACUGGAGAUUUCUGUGAGCGAUGUGCUCUUGGCUAUUAUGGGAUUGUCAAGGGAUUGCCAAGUGACUGUCAGCAAUGUGCUUGCCCUCUGAUUUCUUCCAGCAACAACUUCAGCCCGUCGUGCAUCAUGGAAGGCCUUGAUGAUUACCGGUGCACUGCUUGUCCCCGGGGAUAUGAAGGGCAGUACUGUGAAAGGUGUGCCCCUGGCUACGCCGGCAGUCCUAGCAGCCCUGGAGGCUCUUGCCAAGAAUGUGAGUGUGACCCAUAUGGCUCACUGCCUGUCCCCUGUGACCCCGUCACAGGACUCUGCACGUGCCGCCCUGGAUCCACAGGAAGGAAGUGUGAUGGCUGCGAGCACUGGCAUGCACGCGAGGGCACAGAGUGUGUUUUUUGUGGAGAUGAAUGCACAGGUGUUCUUCUUGGUGACCUGGCUCGCUUGGAGCAGAUGGCCAUGAACAUCAACCUCACAGGCCCACUGCCUGCUCCGUAUAAAAUCCUGUACGGUAUUGAAAAUACAACUCAGGAACUAAGGCACCUUCUCUCACCUCAGCGAGCCCCAGAGAAGCUCAUUCAGUUGGCAGAGGGCAAUCUGAAUACACUUGUGAUGGAAAUGAAUGAGCUUCUGAACAGAGCUACAAAAGUGACAGCAGAUGGUGAGCAAACAGGCCAGGACGCUGAGAGGACCAAGUCCAGAGCAAAGUCCUUGGAAGAAUUUGUUAAGGAGCUUGUGCAGGAUGCAGAAGCUGUAAGUGAAAAGGCUAUACAGAUAAAUGAAACACUAGGAAGUCAAGACAAAGCCUGGGAGAGAAAUUUACAAGAGCUUCAAAAAGAGAUUGAUCAGAUGAUGAAAGAACUCAGGAAGAAAAAUCUAGAUUCAAAAAAGGAAGUUGCUGAAGAAGAGUUGGUAAUUGCAGAAAGCCUUCUGAAGAAAAUGAACAGACUGUUUGGAGAGCCCAGGAGAAAAACUGAAGAAAUGGAGAAGGAUCUUCAGCAGAAACUAGAUGACUACAAGAACAAACUUGAUGAUGCUUGGGACCUGUUGCAAGAGGCCACAGAUAAGAUCAGAGAAGCUGAUUACUUAUCGGUUGCCAACCAAAGAAACAUGACUGCAUUGGAGAAAAAGAAGGAGGCUGUUGAAAGUGGUAAAGAAGAAAUUGAGAACACUUUAAAAGAGGGUAGAGACAUACUCGAUGAAGCCACACGACUGGCAGAUGAAAUCACCUCAGUCAUAGAUUAUGUUGAAGACAUUCAAACUAAAUUGCCACCAAUGUCUGAGGAGCUUAAAGAUAAAAUAGAUGACCUCUCCCAAGAAAUAAAGGACAGAAAUCUUGCUGAGAAUGUAUCCCGGGCUGAGAGCCACGCUGCUCAGUUGAAUGACUCAUCUGCCAUACUUGACGGAAUCCUUGAAGAGGCUAAAAACAUCUCCUUCAAUGCCACUGCAGCUUUCAAAGCUUAUAGCAACAUUAAGGACUACAUUGAUGAAGCUGAGAAAAUUGCCAGCAGAGCCAAAGGUUUGGCCCAGGAAGCUACAACACUGGCAACAAGUCCUCAGGGAUUAUUAAAGGAAAAUGCUAAAGGCUCUCUUCAAAAAAGUUUCAGGAUUCUUAAUGAAGCCAAGAAGUUAGCAAAUGAUGUAAAAGAAAAUGAUGACCAUCUAAAUGACUUGACAACCAGGUUAGAUAAUGCUGAUAUUAGAAAUGAUGAUCUCCUGAGAGCCGUUAAUGAUACCUUGGGAAAACUGUCAGCCAUUCCAAAUGACACGGCCUCAAAACUGCAAGCUGUUAAGGACAAAGCCAGACAAGCCAAUGACACAGCAAAAGAUGUACUGGCCCAGAUUAAACAGCUCCACCAGAACCUUGAUGGCCUGAAGCAAAAUUACAAUAAACUGGCCGACAGCGUGGCUAAAACGAAUGAGGUUGUAAAAGAUCCCUCCAGAAACAAAAUCAUUGCUGAUGCAGAUACCACUGUGAAAAAUCUGGAACAAGAAGCUGAUCGGCUGAUAGAUAAACUGAAACCUAUGAAGGAACUUGAGGAUAACUUAAAGAAAAAUAUCUCCGAGAUAAAAGAACUGAUAAAUCAAGCCCGAAAACAAGCCAAUUCUAUCAAAGUGUCUGUGUCUUCAGGAGGGGACUGCAUUCGAACAUACAAGCCAGAAAUCAAGAAAGGAAGCUACAAUAAUAUUGUUGUCAAUGUCAAGACAGCUGUUGCUGACAACCUCCUGUUUUAUCUUGGAAGUGCCAAAUUUAUUGACUUUCUGGCUAUAGAAAUGCGCAAAGGCAAAGUAAGUUUCCUCUGGGAUGUUGGAUCUGGCGUCGGGCGUGUAGAAUAUCCAGACUUGACUAUUGAUGACUCAUAUUGGUACCGUAUUGAAGCAUCAAGAACUGGAAGAAAUGGAUCUAUUUCUGUAAGAGCUCUUGAUGGACCCAAAGCCAGCAUUAUGCCCAGUACCUACCAUUCUGCCUCUCCUCCAGGGUACACCAUUCUCGAUGUGGAUGUGAAUGCAAUGCUUUUUGUUGGUGGUUUGACUGGGAAAAUAAAGAAGGCCGAUGCUGUACGUGUGAUUACAUUCACUGGCUGUAUGGGAGAGACAUACUUUGACAGUAAACCUAUAGGUUUAUGGAACUUUCGAGAAAAAGAAGGUGACUGCAAAGGAUGUACAGUCAGUCCUCAGGUGGAAGAUAGUGAGGGGACUAUUCAGUUCGAUGGAGAAGGUUAUGCAUUGGUUAGCCGCCCCAUUCGCUGGUACCCCAACAUCUCCACUGUCAUGUUCAAGUUCCGGACAUUUUCAUCAAGUGCUCUCCUGAUGUACCUUGCCACUCGAGAUCUGAAAGAUUUCAUGAGUGUAGAGCUCAGUGAUGGCCACAUAAAAGUCAGCUAUGAUCUAGGUUCAGGUAUUGCUUCCGUUGUCAGCAAUCAAAACCAUAAUGAUGGGAAAUGGAAAUCAUUCACCCUGUCAAGAAUUCAAAAACAAGCUAACAUAUCAAUUGUAGAUAUAAAUACUAACCAGGAGGAGAACAUAGUAACUUCAUCUUCUGGAAAUAACUUUGGCCUUGACUUGAAAGCAGAUGACAAAAUAUACUUUGGUGGCCUGCCAACCCUGAGGAACUUGAGUAUGAAAGCAAGACCAGAAGUAAAUGUGAAGAAAUACUCUGGCUGCCUCAGGGAUAUUGAAAUCUCAAGAACUCCAUACAAUAUUCUCAGCAGCCCAGAUUAUGUCGGGGUUACCAAAGGAUGUUUACUAGAGAAUGUUUACACCGUUAGCUUCCCCAAGCCUGGCUUCGUGGAGCUUCCCCCUGUGCCAUUCAAUAUAGGGACAGAAAUCAAUCUAUCCUUCAGCACCAAGAACGAGUCUGGCAUCAUUCUCUUGGGAAGUGGAGGGACACUGGAGCCACCCAGGAGGAAACGAAGACAGACAGGACAGGCCUAUUAUGCCAUAUUCCUCAACAAGGGUCGCCUGGAAGUGCAUCUCUCCACUGGGACAAGAACAAUGAGGAAAAUUGUGGUCAGACCAGAGCCAAGUCUAUUUCAUGAUGGGAGAGAGCAUUCUGUUCGCGUGGAGAGAACCAGAGGCCUCUUCGCUGUCCAAGUCGAUGAAGACAAUUGGCAUAUGCAAAACCUGACAGCGGAGCAACCUAUUGAAGUCAAAAAGCUUUUCAUUGGGGGCGCCCCACCUGAAUUUCAGCCUUCUCCUCUCCAAAAUAUCCCUCCUUUUGAAGGUUGUGUGUGGAACCUGAUCAUCAACUCUGUCCUUAUGGACUUUGCACAGCCUGUAUCCUUCACAAAUGCAGACAUUGGUCGCUGUGCUGAUCAGAAGACACGGGAAGAUGAGAAUGGAGUGAUUCCAGCGGAAGUGGUGAUCCAGCCACAACCAGUUCCAACCCCGGCUCUGGCCCAUGGUCCUUGCACUGCUGAAUCAGAACCAGCUCUUUUGAUGAAAAGCAAGCAGUUUGGGCUUUCAAGAAACAGUCACAUUGCAAUUGCGUUCAAUGACACCAAAGUUAAAAAUCGUCUGACAAUUGAGUUGGAAGUGCGAACUGAAGCUGAAUCAGGCUUACUUUUCUACAUGGCCCGCAUCAAUCAUGCUGAUUUUGCUACGGUUCAGCUGAGGGAUGGAUUCCCCUACUUCAGAUAUGACUUGGGCAGUGGUGACACCAACACCAUGAUUCCCACCAGGAUCAACGAUGGCCAAUGGCACAAGAUUAAGAUUGUGCGAGUUAAACAAGAAGGAAUUCUUUAUGUUGAUAAUGCAUCUAACAGAACCAUCAGUCCGAAGAAAGCAGAUAUCCUAGAUGUUGUGGGGAUGCUGUAUGUUGGUGGGUUACCAAUCAACUACACUACUCGAAGAAUUGGUCCCGUGACCUACAGUAUUGAUGGCUGCAUUAGGAAUCUUCACAUGGAAGAGGCCCCUGCUGACCUUGAACAGCCAACCUCUAGCUACCGAGUAGGAACAUGCUUUGCACAUGCUCAAAGAGGCACCUAUUUUGAUGGGACAGGUUUUGCCAAAGCAGUUGGUGGAUUCAAAGUGGGACUGGAUCUCCUUGUGGAAUUUGAAUUCCGUACCACCAGAACAACUGGAGUUCUCCUGGGAGUCAGCAGCCAGAAAAUGGAUGGAAUGGGCAUUGAAAUGGUUGAUGACAAGCUUAUGUUUCAUGUGGACAAUGGUGCUGGCAGGUUCACAGCCAUCUAUGAUGCUGGGAUCCCAGGAUCCUUGUGUGAUGGGCAGUGGCAUAAAGUCACUGCCAAGAAGAUCAAACACCGCAUUGAGCUCACAGUAGAUGGAAAACAGGUGGAAGCCCAAAGUCCAAACCCUACAUCUACGUCAGCUGAUACAAAUGACCCCGUUUUUGUUGGAGGUUUCCCAGAUGGCCUUAACCAGUUUGGCUUGACCACCAACGUGAGAUUCCGAGGUUGCAUCCGAUCCCUGAGACUCACCAAAGGCACCGGCAAGCCACUGGAGGUUAAUUUUGUCAAGGCUCUGGAACUGAGCGGUGUCCAACCUGUAUCAUGCCCCACCAAUUAAUAAAAAUAAGUUUAAUCCCCAGGUGGGUUCAUCAAAACUAUUAUCAAGUAAAAGUAAUCAUAUUUUACCUAUGUAUGUUAACAAAACUAAUUUGUGCACAUAUAUAGAAAUCUUUCUGUAUUCAGAUGGUGCUAAUUCAGACUGCAGACUGAAUUUUAGUUCAAGUCCUCUGUCAAACAUAUGAAUAUUAAACUUAUUAUAACAUUCUAAAUAAUUGUUUGUUUAGUGUGGUUUUUAAGGAAAUAAAGCAACUGACUGUAAGUUG